AUGUUUGCAAAGGUUUUCUUUGUGGUGGUAUUCUCAAUGCUGCUCAUCAUGAUCAGCACUACCGAUGCAGCUCGAAUCUUGGAUGAGCUUACAACGUCGCCCUUUAAGCACCACGAGAUUUAUCGGCCUGUCGUGAGUACCCGCCGUUUAGUUCUAUCACCAACACCAACGAUCGACCGUUUAGUUCCAGGUGGACCCAAUCCUAUGGAACCACCACCGACACCUACGCUCAUGACGAUCGACCGUUUAGUUCCAGGUGGACCCAAUCCUAUGGAACCACCACCGACACCUAUGACGAUCGACCGUUUAGUUCCAGGUGGACCCAAUCCUAUGGAACCACCACCGACACCUACGCUCAUGACGAUCGACCGUUUAGUUCCAGGUGGACCCAAUCCUAUGGAACCACCACCGACACCUACGCUCAUGACGAUCGACCGUUUAGUUCCAGGUGGACCCAAUCCUAUGGAACCACCACCGACACCAAUAGGAACAAUAAAUUAG